GGCAAAACUUUGAUCCCAUUGAUGUGUUUCAGGAGGCUGUGCAGCUGAAACCCAAGCCCAGUAACAUGUCAGACUUUGUGAACUAUUCUAAGCAUCAGUUGCUGACGCUGAGAUGAGGGGUGGGGGGUUUCUGGGGCCACAUAUGCGCCUCCAUAAGAGCUCCCAAUAGGAACUGACGGCUGCGUCCAGCACCAUCUGACAUGCAGUCCCUUAAUGUUGGGAAAUAAGGCUGUUUAUAGCCCCCAUAUCACAGUUCACAGUCCCACAUGAGAGAGUCUGAUCAGAUCCAUUUGUGGAUGAGUGUUUUUAAUGCUCCAGAGGGUUGUGAUGAAAAACCUUGUAAUCCAGUGUCUGGUCAGUGAGUGAGGUUUAGUGUGAAGGCAGAUCGCUAGGAGCUGUAGUGACCUUGGGACUGCUUGCUGAGGGCAGGACAGAAUUCCUGAAGGGACACAUGGUCUAGAGUGACAAGGCCAUCUGCUGUAGCGCCAGCAGUAGGAGGAAGGUGGAGGGGGUUGGACACGGGGGUGCUGAGAAUUCCUUUCGCUGGGGUGUGGAGGGAGCAGAUAUUCUGGGAUAUCACUGCUAGCACUCCACCGGGAAACGUGUUUCUUUGGCGUUUUUCAAACGGAAAUCUGAGGGAGAAUUUUUGAACACUUGAUGGUGAGUGGGGAUCAUUGCAGGGUUAAAUGGGGAAGAUAUUUUCCUGGCCCUCCAGCUCUCCACAAAGCGAUUGGUGAUAAUGGUCUUGGUGUGUCGCCGUUUUACUUUGGUGGAUCCAGUUUCCUUUCCAUCUCAGCACAGUCGGAGCUGAGAGAGCGGGAUCUGGUAGGCCUUCUGGCACCGACCUCUCAGAGGAUCAUCUUCAAGGGAUCUUCUUUGGAGUUGUACUGUGCAUGGCAAGGAUCUACUUUCUUGCUGCCUCACUGAAAUUGCAUGGCCUAAACGAAUGAAUAUUUUUAUGAGGCGCCUUGCACCAGAGAUGGGCCAGGACCAAACCAAGCAGCAGAUAGAGAAGGGCCUGAGGUUGUAUCAGUCCAAUCAGACAGACAAAGCCCUGCAUGUGUGGACAAAAGUGCUGGAGAAGACCUCAGAUCCCGGAGGGAAGUUUCGGGUGUUGGGGUGCCUGAUCACAGCUCACUCAGAGAUGGGAAAAUAUAAAGAUAUGCUCAAGUACGCCCUCGAUCAAAUCGACACAGCCAGAGAGAUGGAGGACCCAGACUACCUGACGGAGGGCUACCUGAACUUGGCGCGCAGCAACGAGAAGCUGUGCGACUUCCAGAAAACGGUUUCCUACUGUAAGACCUGCUUAAACAUGCAGGGCACCACUGUGAGUCUGCAGCUCAACGGACAGGUAUGUCUUAGCAUGGGCAACGCCUUCCUGGGCCUCAGUGUCUUCCAGAAAGCUUUGGAGAGCUACGAGAAGGCCCUGCGCUACGCACACAACAAUGAUGACAAGAUGCUGGAGUGCAGAGUCUGCUGCAGUCUGGGAAACAUCUACGUCCACCUCAAGGACUAUGAGAAAGCCCUGUUCUUCCCCUGCAAAGCAGCUGAGCUUGUCAAUGACUACGGCAAGGGCUGGAGCCUCAAGUAUCGAGCCAUGAGCCAGUACCACAUGUCUGUAGCCUACAGGAAACUGGAGCGCCUGCCAGACGCCAUGGAGUGCUGUGAGGAAUCUAUGAAGAUUGCUCUGCAGCAUGGUGACCGUCCUCUGCAGGCUCUGUGCUUACUGAACUUUGCAGACAUACACCGCUGCAGGCGUGACACUGAUAAAGCAUUCCCUCGCUACGAGUCUGCACUGGCUAUCAUGACUGAGAUUGGAAACCGUCUUGGACAAUCGUACGUCUACCUGGGCGUUGCAAAGUGCUGGCUUCUGCAGAAAGAAUAUGACAAGGCUCUUGAUUCUUUGCAGCGAGCACAGGAGUUAGCCGAUGGAAUGGGAAACAAGCUGUGCACACUGAAGGUUCACUGCCUGAGAGAGGGGAUUUAUCGAAGCCGGGGGCAGCAGGAGGAGCUCACAGAGCAGGUGGUGAAGUUCCUCCAGUGCGUCGAGGAGCUGGAGCUCUACUGUGGCAUGUGUGGAGAGUCCAUUGGGGACAGGGACCAAAAGCUGCAGGCCUUGCCCUGUUCCCACAUUUUCCAUCUCAGGUGUCUGCAAACAAACGGAACAAAAGGUUGCCCUAAAUGUUUCAAAUCCUCCAUGAAGCCUGGAUUUGUGUGAUUGUGAGACGGUGUUUGUGCGUUGGAUCUGCAAACACAGCGUGAUGCCUCACAGGCUCCUGACUGAUCUGAGAGAAGCAGGCAGCCUCAGGAUGUGCUGAAGAUGUUUGAGGAGUCUGCUCUGUGCAGAGGAUGCUGAACUGAACCCAGAGUGUCUCAGAGUGCGGCUCUGCGAACGCGAUUAAGGCGUCUAAGGCGUUUUAUUUACAGACACCAGUCUGUGAUUGACUGAAGCCGACUGAAGAGGUAUAACUGACAGAGUUACAUUUCAAUAUAAGCUGAAGAAGAAAGAACCUAUAGUGUCUCUGUCGACUUGCUAUUUGUUGCAGAAUUUAAACAGAGAGGAGUAUGUACCGUCCAAAGAGGAGUUAUAACUUGGUGUAUUUGUUAUUUAGUGCAUUAGAAUUGUUUAGUGAAAAUGAGAAUUGAAAUCUCGGUAAUCUUAGUCACAGGGUUUGUCUUUCAAAUUCAAGAUUACUUUUUACACCACAUCUGCUUGUUCUUUGCUCAACAGUUUUCUGAUUUUUUUUUUUUAAUCAGAACACAGAGCCAUUUCUGAAUUCAACUGAUUUCAUACUUGGUAUAUUUAUUAUUGUAUUAAUGUACAUACUAUUCUCAUAUUCAUUUGUUUUAAAAGUUUGAUUUAUUUGUGGUGUUUUGUAAAACCUAAAACUAACUAAAAUCUCUUAACCAUUCAAAAACUAGUAUGUCUUUACAAAACAGGUACAUGCAGCUGUUUUUUUUCCUUCUUCACAAAGAUUAAGGAGCAGACUCAACACACAUUGUGUUCAUAGAAAUUCCUUUUCUGGAAAUGUUUUACUCUUAACUCUGACAUCAACAUAGUUUUGUUGCAGAUAUUGAUAAUUAUUGUUGAGAAGGAAACCUAUUGGGAAAGGAUCUUCUUUGACCAAUCACACACUUGUCAAAUAAUUAUUUAGAGGAGAUGCAUACAGUCUGUUUUAAUGUAGUUUUUUCAUAUUUGUAGUCAUAUGUAAAUAUGAAUCAAUUGGUAAAAUCUCAAUAGUCAAAUUGAGAUUAUUUUCUUGCAAAGGUAUUGUAAUUUCAAGGUGAUUUUGAGGGCGAAAUGUCAAUUGUUGCAUGUUUUAUUUACAAUACCAAGCAACAAGGUUGGAUUACAUCAAAUUAUGUAUCCAUGUAACUGCGUAUUUACUUAUUUCAUAAUUGUAUAUUAUAGUAUUUCUUAAUAUUCAAUUGCUUUUAUCAUUAAUAUUACUUAUAUUUCUUUAGCUCAUUUUAAACAUUUAAUUUUGUCAUUUGAAAAAAAAAGAAGCCACAUCAAUCAAAAUUAUCACAGCUUACACAAGGUUUUUCAUAAACAGUAGGUUUUCCUCAAAAGCGGUGAGCUCAUCAUACUAAAUUUCUUUAUAGUUCUCUUUUAAAACAUCGAUAAGUUCAAUUGUAUGGUGAACAUUGAAAAAUUAUAUUAUAUGAACCCUUUUUGAAACAUUUAUUGUGAAAGCAAAGAGGUGACAAACUUAUUUCAUCAGACGAACUUGAAGAAUACACACAAAACCUUUAGCUAUUUUGUUUUCUCUCUUCGUUACCUCGUGCGAGUCGGUUAACAGCAUGAGAGGAGAGAGACCAACACAUUUACCUUUACUGCACAAGCACUUAUGUUUCUCACUGUAAGAACACAACAGCUCCUGGCUCUUGUUUAAGGUCCCUCCAUCCAAAUUAAUGUUAAUUAACUGUCUGUUUACCUGUCGUACAGUCAAUGUAAAACUCUUGUAAAGCACAGAUAUUAUCUACACUGUUUAUUCUUGUCGUGUGGGGCAUAGAAAAGAUUUUACUGACAGUACAGUCACUCAUCUUUAAUGGUUUAAACUACCUCUGUUUUUGACUCCUCCUCAGAGGAUUAAUGCAGUAAUAACACAACAUUUAAAUACAUGUAGAAUUAUUAUGUUUUUCUAGACAUCAUGUUGAUAUAACCGUGAUUUAAAUGAUACUAAGUCUGACUAAAAUGCAUUGUUAAUAUAUUUAUGCAUUGAGUCAAUCCAUGGUACUGUGUCGAAUAUGGAGACAAAAUAAAGUACACUGAAAGUGAA